GCGGAUUACCCCCGCCCCCCGCGCCGGCGCCUUCCUUUCCGUCCCCGACGCCGCCGAGGUCGCACGCGCGAGGCCUCUCCACCGUCGCCGCCGCCGAGAUGCGCUACGUCGCCUCCUACCUGCUGGCCGCCCUGGGGGGCAAUACCUCCCCCAGCGCCAAGGACAUCAGGAAGAUCCUGGACAGCGUGGGCAUCGAAGCGGACGACGACCGGCUCAACAAGGUCAUCAGUGAGCUGAACGGGAAGAACAUUGAAGACGUCAUUGCCCAGGGUAUUGGCAAGCUGGCCAGCGUGCCCGCCGGCGGGGCUGUGGCCGUCUCUGCUGCCCCGGGAUCUACAGCUCCUGUUGCUGGUUCCGCCCCAGCCGCAGUAGAAGAAAAGAAGGAGGAGAAGAAGGAGGAGUCCGAGGAGUCAGACGACGACAUGGGAUUUGGCUUGUUCGAUUAGAGUUCCACUCCCCUGCAAAUAAAACUGUUUUUAAGUAUC